CAUGAUUUUUUCACGGAGCAGCCACAGAAGAAUGUGGCUGUUUUCCUGCUAAGGACAGUUUGUCAUGACUGGCCAGACCAUCUUGCUGUCAGAAUCCUUCAACUUCUUCGCCAAGCAGCUUGCCCUUCUACAAAGCUAGUUAUUGGGGAUUACAUCAUUCCUUACUCAUGCAGCAAUGUUUGGGGAAACAUUGAUCUCCCGGGUUCUGAAUACACAAUUCCUCCUGAGCCGUUGCUGGCAAAUAUGGGUAAGGCAUCUGCAAACAUGUAUUGGAUAGAUUUGAGUAUGCAGGUUUUGCUCAAUGGCCAGGAACGCACCCUCCCACAUCACAUACGGAUCUUGCAUGAAGCUGGGUGGAAUCCAAUUCUUCUCAAAACUUGCAGGAACUCUCAUUUUGGAUAUAUCAUUGCUGAAUGUUUGUAA